ACUGAGUAGCUGGGAGCAAGUUACAUGCUGGAGGCUGUGUGUGGCGGGACAGGAGUAGCUGUUCAUCAGCAAAGCAGUGUAAAAAGAAUCCCAGAUUGGAGAACUGAAGAGACAGCUAUUCAGCGGUCCAGAUUGAACCUGGGGUAUGUCACAGCCAGCAGUCCCUUAACUUUCAGCGACAUGAGGUUCUGGGUCUUGUGUUCAAGGCCUGGUCUACACUACGACUUUAAUUCGGAUUUAGCAGCAUUAAUUCGAAUUAACCCUGCACCCGUCCACACAACGACACCAUUUAAUUCGAAAUAAAGGGCUCUUUAAAUCGAUUUCUGUACUCCACCCGGACGAGCGGAGUAGCGCCAAAAUCGAUUUUAGCAUUUCGAAUUAGGGUUAGUGUGGCCGCAGUUCGAUGGUAUUGGCCUCCGGGAGCUAUCCCACAGUGCACCAUUGUGACCGCUCUGGACAGCAAUCUGAACUCGGAUGCACUGGCCAGGUAGACAGUAAAAGCCCCGCGAACAUUGGAAUUUCAUUUCCUGUUUGCCCAGCGUGGAGAGCACAGGUGACCACAGAUAGCUCAUCAGCACAGGUAACCAUGCAGGCCGAUAAUCGAAAAAGAGCACCAGCAUGGACCGUACCGGAGGUACUGGAUCUGAUCGCUAUAUGGGGAGAGGAUUCAGUGCUAGCAGAACUUCAUUCUAAAAGACGAAAUGCCAAAACUUUUGAAAAAAUCUCCAAGGGCAUGAUGGAGAGAGGCCACAAUAGGGACUCAGAUCAGUGCCGCGUGAAAGUCAAGGAGCUCAGACAAGCCUAUCAAAAAACAAAGGAGGCAAACGGUCGCUCCGGGUCAGAGCCGCGGACAUGCCGCUUCUACGCCGAGCUGCAUGCAAUUCUAGGGGGGGCCGCCACCACUACCCCACCUGUGACCGUGGAUUCCGGGUCGGGGAUAGUCUCAUCAGCUACACCUGAGGAUUCUGCGGAUGGGGAGGAGGAGGAGGAGGAGGACGAGCUUGCAGAGAGCACCCAGCACUCCGUUCUCCCCAACAGCCAGGAUCUUUUUCUCAGCCUGACUGAAGUACCCUCCCAAGCCUCCCAAGCUAGUAUCCAAGACCGUGACCCCAUGGAAGGGACCUCAGCAGCUGCAAAUUUUUAAAGCCUCCCUCCUCCGUCCCGAAGGCUAUCUCAGAUAAGGCGGCAUAGAAAGAGGACGCGAGACGACAUGUUCAUGGAAAUAAUGGAAUGCACCCGCAAUGAAAGAGCUCAUUUGAAUGAGUGGAAGGACACGGUAUCUAAAUUUAGGAAAGAUGCCAGUGAACGUGAGGUCAUGAGGGACGCUCGAGAUGAGAGGUGGCAGGCUGCAACGCUGGGGCUGCUGCGGGAGCAAACGGACAUGUUCCGGCGUCUGGUGGAGCUUCAGGAACGGCAGCCGGAUGACAGAGUGCCGCUGCAGCUGCUGUAUAACCUCCCUCCCCCCUCACCAUGUUUCAUAUCCUCCUUACCCAGACGUGUAAGAAUGCGGGGGGGGGGGAGGCUCCGUGCACCCUCCCACUCCACCCCAGUGGACAGCCCAAUUCAAAGUCAUUACAUUGAAUUUGUUCAGUGGCCUUUUACUUCCCUCCUAUCCUCCU